AGGAGCAGACCGCUGCUGUGGAGUGUGCUGGAGGCAUGGAGCGUGAGCCCAGCCAGGGGGAGGGGGCUCCUGCACCGGCCCGGGCCCCCGCGGUGACUGUGACUUUGCUCCUAAGCUGGGGGGCAAAUAGCUAUGGACAGCUUGGCCUUGGCCAUAAGGAGGAUGUGCUUGAGCCCCAACGGCUGAAUGAUUUCUGUGACCCCAAGAGUAUUAAGAUGCUGACCGGAGGAGGGGGACACUCAGCUGUGGUCACAGAUGGAGGGGAGGUUUUUGUUUGUGGCCUGAACAAAGAUGGGCAGCUGGGACUUGGUCACACUGAGGAUGUUCUGUCUUUUAUCCCUUGCACCCCGCUGGCUGGCUGGCCUAUCCUCCAGGUGUCCUGUGGUUGGGAUUUUACACUUCUGCUCACAGAAAAUGGGCAGGUUCUGUCAUGUGGCUCGAAUGCAUUUGGUCAGUUAGGCCUUCCUCCUGGGGCCAGAAGACAGGUGACCCCCCGAGUCAUAGAGCUCCUGAGCGAGAAGGUUGUGUGUAUCGCAGCUGGAAUGAGGCAUGCUCUGGCUGUUACAGAGAGUGGCCUGGUGUUCCAAUGGGGUACAGGCCUGGCAUCCACAGGGCGGCGAGCAUGCCCAGAGAAGCCCCUCCCACCGUUCCUGAUGGCCAAAGAACCUUGCAGAGUAACUGGCCUGGAAAACUUAAAAGUAAAGAUGGUUGUUACUGGCUCCUGCCACUCAGCAUCAUUAACAGAUGAAGGAGAUCUGUAUGUUUGGGGUAGCAACAAACACGGCCAGCUAGUGAGCCCAGCUGCUUUUCUUCCCACGCCCCAGAAAAUAGAAGCCGCUUGUUUCCAGAAUGAAAAGGUCACCGUGGUGUGGAGUGGGUGGACGCACUUGGUUGCCCGAACAGAGACUGGCAAGGUGUUUACGUGGGGCCGCGCUGAUUACGGUCAACUCGGGAGGAAAGUGGACGGCCAUGAGAGAUGUAAAGGAGAGUGUGAAUUACCCCUGUUCUGCACAAGAGCACUGACCGCCAUGCCUUCUUCCCUUCCUUGCUUAGCAGGAGUGACUGAGGUAGCAUGUGGGUCUGAACAUAACCUGGCUGUGGUGGGAAGCACAUGUUACUCCUGGGGCUGGAAUGAGCAUGGCAUGUGUGGAGAUGGCACCGAAGCCAAUGUCUGGGUCCCGAAGCCAGUGGAAUCUCCAAGUUUAACCCUGUGGCUCCUUGUGGGUUGUGGAGCUGGUCACUCCCUCGCCCUUGGCCAAGCCCCAGCUUCCGCAUCAUUGCCCUGUAGCCCCCAGGACAGAGUCAAGCCCAAAUCCCUGGAGAGCUCACAGCAAGAGAAACCAAAGGGAAGAAGCACAAACGUUGUUCCCACACCACGCUAGUGUGUCCUAAAAUAGGAGAUUUAGUGCUUAAAGGUCUUUUUAAUAAAAUCCAUUUGGACAAUUU